UCUCGCCCAGUAGUGGCAGCACCGACGAUAGAUCCUUCGCCUGAGUCGAUUCACGCUCACGGUUUUCACACGGUAAUGCUAUGUAACCGUCGAGCUUCCAUCGAGUGACAUGUCGUUCAACGUGGAACAACGAUUAGAAGACGAAGAGUCGGAGGAAAAGUCGAAUCGGAGUGUCGAAAUCGAAGAGGAGGAGGAGGAGGAGGAAGGGGGCCAGAGCAGAGGCCAAAAGUUGUGGAAAACUUUGGACGUUCCGUUGACGGACGUCGAUACCGACGAUAACCUGUACCUCGCGGUCCGUCAGUGUCUCCACAAGGUUAAUCGAGUUUCGAAAAGUUCGUUGCCCCAGAAGAGUCCACGUAGGCAGCUGGACAGAGGAGGUGUCUCGGAGGAGACGUCGGUGGGCAGGUUCCACGAGAUCAAGGCGCUCUUCGACCUGGACUCGGCCAAGGAGAAGAGGAGGACGAUGUUCGGGUGCAGGCAGACCACCAUCGAGAGACUGACCAGAACCUUGAAACAAGACAAGAUGUAGCACACACGUGGAUGAAAACUGUAGUAAGAAGGAUCAUAAAUGAAACAAUCAACGAAGAACGUCAACGACAACGUGUUAUCGAAGCAGCGAAAAGCGUGACCCAUUUAUCGAGUAUCGGGAAAGGAAAUCAGGAUGAGGAACAUGCACCACCGGGUAUACACGCAUUUCUCCAACGAAACGUCCCACGAAACCAGUGACGAAGAGGACGUGCACCCUUUGCAACAGAAUUGUUUUUCAUGUGCUCCUCUCUUUCUUUUUAUAUUUUUUUAACGUAACGAACAAAUUGUGUAUGCUCGCCGAUGAUUACGAUGUAU